CUUGACUUGUUUUCUUUGUUUGUCAUGUCAUCUCUCGAGGAUCUAUUUGGAAAGCUGGCCAUGACCACUGUGACCACAGUGUCACGAAUUGCUCUCAGUCAUGCCACGAAUGCAGCCAUUCGUAACGUCACCACCUAUAUCACUCAACAACCCAAAAGCAAAGAAAAGUCUAGCGAAUUAGAGCCUUUACAACGACAGCUUGAUCUAAAGAUAAAGAACCUAAAGCCGACAUUGGAUAUCAUUGCCCGCAGUGUAGCAGAUGGCAACACAGAUCUUGAGCCAGCACUGGAGAUGUGUAACUACUUGGAGCGAGAUAUUAAUCAGUUUUCAGUCGAAACCGCUCAAAAUAACCUGAAAGCUGACUACAUUACAUUGCGCCUCAAGCAGGUUCUGGCCAAUGUUGACGACGUGGUCCCUUUUCUUCAUCUUGCUCUCAGAAGCUUCGAGGCUACUACUGGGAAGGAUCAAGUUUCGAGCUCAAAACUCAUCCAGGCUUCUUACUGUGUUGAGGCAGCCAAGCCAAAGGCUUCCCAACCCAGACCUGUCUUUUGUCUCAAGCUUUAUUCUCUCUUUGCUGCAAAUGCUCGAUCUGCCGAAAAGACGGCAUUCACAUGGAAAGAAGAGUUUCACAAAUGUAGUCUGGAGCUUCAAUCGCACGGAUCUGGUAUUGAUUACCAGCUAGUAAUCAAAGAGGAUCUAGACGAUGGACUUUAUCACGAGGAACUUGGGGAGAGCCAGAAGAAGGAAAAGACAUUGAAAGGAAAGACAUUGGUUUUAGAUGUGAGCAAAGUAAAGCGGAUGUAUUACACACAAAGCGGAGAGCUUUUGAACAUCGAGGAUGCCAAGACUCCUGUACUUGUCCUUAAGGUCAAGAAGACAGCUGAAGAUGAGCAUGGACAAAUAAAAGCAAUUGAAACUAAACCGGAAAUUGGACAAGAAGAACUCCAGGAUGCGGAUUGGUAUGCCUUUGAGCUGUGGACUGAUGGAGACAAUAAUGAAGAUGAUGAUGAAGAUGAUGAAGAUCGCAAAGAAGAUAAGAAGACCAAUGAACAGCGCGAAUCCCGGUUCCCAUCAUCUCUUUUACUGCUCGAAUCGGCUAUCCGUCUUGCUUUACUUGGAACUACGGAGCAGAUAGACCAUCUUGCUGCUUCAGAUGAACUUAUUAAUCUUUAUAUGGUAUAAAGUACACCUGGUUCCUAAAUGAAACUGGUUUAUGUUUACUUGGUAAAAUGUGGAAUAUUCUACUGCCUAAACAAUAAACACUUGUAUAUAU